GAAGGAAGAGCAAGUUGCUGGUCGUGGUGUUGCUCGAGAAGCUGCCUUGGAUUUGAUUCGAAAGAUACCACGACCAACCGCCGUCCCUGGAGAAGGAUUGCUCUGUGAUUUGCUGUGGUCCGACCCAGAGCAAGGGACUGAAGGAUGGGCGCCCAACGACAGGGGGAUAUCGUUAACCUUCGGAACCGACAUCGUGGAGCAGAUCUGCGAUAGACUCGAAAUUGACUUGAUAGUCAGAGCGCACCAGGUGAUUCUUUAUUUUUCUUUUAGCUCCGGAUCUACUCGUACUAGUUCUAAUCGAAAACUCAAAAUAAGCGAGUUACUGACUGAAAUAAGAGAGUCUUGACUACAUUCCUCUUCUUUCAGUAUCUCCCUUAUUUUGCCUAGUUACUCGCUUAUUUCAGUUUAUCGAAUAGUUGAUUCCGUCGAGAAGAACCCAUGUACGACCUACAGCACAUCCAGAAAGAUUAAAAAUGCGAUCCUCGUCUUAAAAACAUUUUCACCCCAUCCUUUACAACUCAUACAUAGGAGAACUCACAGGUUGUCCAAGACGGAUACGAGUUUUUCGCUGAGCGGAGACUCGUUACCAUCUUCUCGGCUCCAAAUUACUGUGGGGAAUUCGACAACUGUGGAGGCGUCCUUUCCAUCUCCCAGGACUUGAGAUGCCGCUUCUACGUAAUCAAAGCAUUUCGAGAAGCGGAUGCAUUUGCGAUGUCUCCUGCUUUGGUCUAAGAAGUUUGAAUUUAUGCAGUUGUUGAAAGGUGUACGUGUGGGUUCUUCAGCCUCAACAACUAGUAUUUUUUUCUCGUAAAUAAAUCUCAAUAAGAACUUAAUAUAUCCCUGCUGACGAGCCUGCUGACGAAUUCUUGUAAACUACUAGCUCAGAUCCUGCAACUACAUCUAGAUCUGGCUCCAACUUAGUCUAGUCAAGACGGAUGGUCCGCUACAGUGGUGAACUGUGCUCUAGGUUCUUCACAACGCAAACAACGAAAGUAACCUCUCAAUAAGUGUAAAAUAAAGAUAUCACGACUGCAAUCAAGCAAAACAAGAAGCGCUAUCUUUUGAGGAGCGAUUAGGAUGAUCAUGAGGUUUGGAAAAGUACUAUGUAUAAGGAC